AUGUUUUCUAAUGGCUCUCUUAAUCUGAACACGUCUGAAAAUGAUCUUUCAAACUUAGAUAAGUCUGAAUCAAUUACUAAGCUUUCAGAAAAUACUGAGGAUCUUGAAGGAUCGACAACAAAUCUAAUAGACUUAAAUGCGUCUACAGUAAUAGAUCCCGUCACGUCAGUUACUGGUGAAUGUGAAACUCCUAACCUUGAAAUUUCCUCCCCUAUAAAGUCAAAACGAGUUCCAUAUCGUCGUCCUAUUUCUACUGCUAAUGCUCAACCACCAAAAAAGGGUAUAUUGAAACCUAUAUCACAGUCUAAUGCUCGAUCGAUCUGGAAAAGUGACUGGUUCUCUACAUUUAAUGCGCGUCUUCAAAGCGUCGCAAACUCCACUGCUACGUCAACGAAUUCGACCUCUACCGCUUCUUUUUUCACAAACGCAUUGAAAAAGCUUAACACGUCAACAUCCAUACCUUCUCAGGAGGAUCUACCGAAAGAAAUAAAUCCUCAAUUGCCUUUAAUAAGCAUUACAUCAACUUCUGAUCAGGUUUCUCAGUCCAAUGUUCAAUACCCUCCUGCUUUGUCAAAUAGCAAUCUCCUUACAACUAAGUCCCUUAAACGAGUUCGUUUCUCAGUUACGAAAUUAAGAGAUGAAUAUCCGCAUUCUCCUAUCCCAAGUGAUAGCGAUUCCAGUGACGAGGAAGAAGAAUAUGAUUUUCAUGAGUGGGAUGAAAAACAGAAUCGCGAUGCUCAGCCUAAGUCAGAGGUUAAUCAAAAAAUUGCCUAUACCGCUAAAGAAAUGCUACAAUUUUAUUUAUCAGCAUGUAGGCUUAGAGAAGAAUUUCCUUUAGAUAGGCUCGUAGAUUUGUUUAAGAAAGCAAAUCAACCUGGAGGUUCAUUAAAUGUAAUUGAUUUGACAGGCCAUAUACUUGAUAGGAAAAUUUCCGAACCUAUUGCUGAUAUACUUACCCUUGAAUGUGGACUAGAAAAGUUAAUAAUGGAGAGAUGUGAUAUUGAAGAUGAUACACAAAAAAUCUUUUGCCACAGUCUACUCGUAAACGAUACUGUUUCUUAUUUAAAUCUUUCUAAUAAUAGAAGACUUAGAUCAAAUGGAUUUAAUUAUAUUGCUAUUUAUAUAAAAAAGUCUACAACGUUAAAUUACCUUGACCUCUCUGGGACAUAUAUCGAUAAAAAAUCUGCUACCUUCUUAGCACAAGCUUUAGUAGAAGGAAAUAAUAUGUCCGGUGCUGUUUUGGAAACUUUAAAAUUAGACGGUCCUGGUAUUCGCCGAUCUAAUUUACGUUAUCUUUCGUUACGAUAUAAUCGUAUCAAUAAUACUGGCGCUGUUUGGAUCGGUGUAAUGUUACGAGAUUAUGACACUGAAAAUUUAAAACUAGAUGAUGAAUUAUCUAGUCCUGUGAUUUCAGAACUAAAUGAACCAGCAGAAAUACAAGAAGAAAGAUCACGUCUAAGGAAACACGGUUUAGAAAUAUUGGAUAUCACUGGCAACGACAUAAAAGGUGGUGUUCAAUAUAUUUCACAAGCAUUACGAAGGAAUAAGAGCCUGAAAGAAUUACAUUCAUCAGAAAAUCGCAUAGACUUUAAAGGAUUAAUAUUUAUUGCAGAUGGCGUGAAACACAACUGUCAUUUGGAAUUGCUUGAUAUAAGUCGAAAUCCUAUUGGAGGGCCGUCAAUCGAAGGUGUAACCUCCCUUCGCCAUGCCUUGUCAUUAAAUACCACAUUGAAAAUAUUAUUUAUGUCGAAUACACAAUUGUCAACUGAAGGUGCCAUUGCUCUUGCUGAAUAUCUUCCGGAGACUAAAUCAUUAGUCCAUUUGGACCUUACUGCUAAUCCGGAUAUUGAUAUCGCAGGCGUUAUGGCCUUAGCAGUGUCUAUAAAAAUGAACUAUAGCGUCCGCAUUCUGGAUGUCAAUGUCCAACCAAACGAUACUGAAGCGGCUGGACUUUCCAGAGAUAUUCUUCGCACAUGUGUUAGAAAUACCGAAUUAGCGCAAAAUGGUUCAGAAAAUAUUGAUUCUAACUUUUUAUUACCAGAUUUUGAUAUUAAACCACAAAAAAAUAAUCGGCGCGCAGUCAAUGCUAUGAAUGACGUAAUUGUUACUGAUUCUUCAGAAAUAAGAAUUGACGUUCGGUUAGAUAACUUGGACGAAGACAUGAGAAUUGCUAAGGAAUACGUUAAAGUCUUUGACGAAAUGUUGUCUAGUGAAGAACAAAAAUCAGAUUCUCAUAUAGAAUCGAACGAAGUGAUAGAG